GUCAAGUGUCAAACUUAUAGGUUAUAAAAAAAGCAUACAAUAUGAAAAUAUUUUAGGAUAUUCUAGUACAUUUUACCUUUAACCUAGAUGGAAGUAUAGGGUUGGUAAGAUCCUUUAUGCCCUACAUGAAUAUUCUAAUAGGACGAUGUAUUAUUUUAAACAGGUGAAGAAUGGUGGAGCCCACUGUGUUCCAAGGUGUAGCUGAGAUCCCAGUGCAGAUAUUUAGGGUAGAGUUGCUUUCGAUUAUCUAAUUUCACAGUCCUAGGAGUGAUGCUGUACUAAAAGAUUUGUAUUUUCUUUGCAGGUAUUCUUAAGAUAGAACAGUUCAACUUUCCUGUGUUUCCCCUCAAUGCUCAGCAAAUUGUAUAAUUCAUGACAUCUCUUAAACUAUAAGUACACAAACAAAUCCUACUAAUGCUAGCAAAUAAAUAAAAUACACAACUCACUUAGAAAAAGUAUAGAUGAUAUCUUAAUUAUUUAAUUUUGCUUUACAAUAUAUCACCAAGUAGCAAUAUACUUUCUGCAAUUUUGAACUUGUUUCACAAUAUAUUAUGGAAAAGCUGUCUCGCCCAGUUGCUGCUUAACUUUGGAUUAACUGUGAUAUUUCUGAAAAGAAAAUAUGUGUGAUAUAGACAUUGUUAUAUGAGGACACAGUCAUAGUCUUCGAUAUACAUUUCUUUGGUGGUAUCUAAGGCGCUUCAUGAUGGACAAAGGAGACCAGAAGCAGAAGAAUGCCAAAAGACAUGGUGCUGGUGAUUUACAUAAUGCCAGACACAGCAUUAACUCUAACUCGGGAGUGCUCAUGGUUGGGCCUAAUUUUAGAGUCGGCAAGAAGAUUGGAUGUGGAAACUUCGGGGAGCUGAGAUUAGGCAAGAACCUGUACAACAACGAGCACGUGGCUAUCAAGAUGGAGCCGAUGAAAUCGAAAGCGCCCCAAUUGCAUUUAGAGUACAGAUUCUACAAGCUGCUCGGCAGUCACGAGGGAAUCCCGGACGUGUACUAUUUCGGCCCUUGCGGCAAGUACAACGCUCUCGUCAUGGAACUGCUGGGGCCCAGCCUGGAGGAUCUCUUUGACAUGUGUGACAGGAAGUUCACUCUGAAAACCGUUCUGAUGAUUGCAAUACAGCUACUGCACCGCAUAGAAUAUGUUCAUUCUAGACACUUAAUAUAUAGGGACGUGAAACCAGAGAAUUUCCUCAUAGGCCGAAGUAGUACCAAGCGCGAAAAAGUGAUCCACAUCAUUGACUUUGGUCUAGCCAAGGAGUAUAUCGAGCUGGAAACGAACAAGCAUAUACCGUAUAGAGAACACAAAAGUUUGACAGGUACCGCGCGGUAUAUGUCAAUCAACACGCACUUAGGCAAAGAGCAGUCUAGAAGGGACGACCUAGAGGCCCUAGGACACAUGUUCAUGUACUUUUUGAGGGGCUCGUUGCCCUGGCAAGGACUCAAGGCUGACACGCUUAAAGAAAGGUAUCAGAAGAUAGGCGAUACGAAGAGGGCCACGCCGAUUGAGGUGCUUUGCGAGGGGUAUCCUGAAGAAACGGCGACGUAUCUGAGGUAUGUUCGGCGGCUGGAUUUCUUCGAGACGCCCGAUUAUGAGUAUCUGCGAAACUUAUUCAUGCAACUCUUCAACAAAAAGGGGUACGUGGACGAUGGCGAGUUCGAUUGGACGGGAAAAACGAUGGGAACAUCUGUGGGAUCGUUGCCUACCACUGCUCACGAGACAGUCGUGUCUCCGAACAGGGAUAGGCAUGCUCUAUCGAAGAUUAACAAGACGGGUUGGCCAGAGGCAUCGAAACAGAGCACCUUAGGUAACUUAACUCCGGCUGAUCGCCACGGCAGCGUGCAAGUAGUCAGUUCGACAAACGGUGAGCUGAACGCCGACGAUCCAACGGCGGGUCACAGCAACACGCCGAUAACGCAACCGCAAGAAAUCGAACUGAUCGACGAGACGAAGUGCUGCGGAUUCUUCAAAAGAAAAAAGAAGAAGAGCGUACGCACCAAGUGACCGCGUUGUACUACGGUAUAUGUUUGUGAGGAACGCGCCAAGUUGAACGCGGUGUUGCCAGUUGACUAGUCCAGGCGGGAUUCACCCAAUGAGUUUUUGUCACAAGGCAAAAUUCUCGCAUUCGUGAGUGACUCGAGUUUUUUUUCACUAUCACGUUUCAUGGAUGUAAUUUGAAUCAAGAGGUAACUGGACGGUAAUACGGUGCAAAUUUAUUUGAACAUUUUUUUCAUCUAAAUUAUAGAACAUUUUUCAGCUACGGGCGAGUUUUUAUUGGAUCAUUGUUAUUUAACUAGUAACUUCUUUAAAGUUCAUCGUUUUCGAGUUAUAAACGAUUUGAAGUCUGAAAAGUUCUAAAAUUAGCCAGUUUCGGUGCCUGAAAACAUAGUCAAAAAAAUUGUGCUUGAAGUUACCAAUAGUCCAACUUAAUGAUCAAACCUUUCCCUACAAAACCUCGUGACUUUCAUACGCUAGAAGGACACGCUCGUAACAUAUCCCAAUGCUUUAAAAUACCAACCCUAAAAUACUCUAUUUAAUUUAGACACUUGACUACUUCAAAAAUGGUAAUUUUGACCGAGUUUUGUAGCACUGAAAGUUACCAUUUUUAGCGCCAAUUAAUAAUUGAAUAUAAUGCACGACAGACUUAUAGUGUCCGUUUACGGUUUUUAUCGACGAUCGUACCGAAAAAGCGACUUCUGUGGCUGCGCCUGUUGUGCUUGUGGAGGUGCGGGUCGCGGGAAGGGCGUGGGGUCUAUCCAUUCGAUUCGCUUCGUCUAUAGCACAGUCAAAUUAAGUAAAUUUGUUGCUGUGUUCGUAUCGAAAAAUGCGAUUUAUUUUAGAUUCGCUACAUUCAAAAAUUAUAUGGUAGUAUUAGUGCUUUUUACAUUGCUGAAAUGUAUAAUUUAUACGGAUGAAUUAGCAUUCAUUAUUUAGACCAAGGUGUAAUUUAAUUGAUGGCUAAAAAUACAGGAUAUAUUGCCUUAGCUCAUUUUAGAAAGAAAAGUUCAUAUGAACAUAUGUCCUAAACCUCUUAACUUUUGAGCUACAGGGUGUUAAAAUUUUGAGAUAAAAUUCGUUUGCUUAUCGUAACUUUAAAAUAUUUUCAUGGAUUAAAAAUAUAAAAUUUUCUGCCUUAGUUCCUCUACAGUAUGAAUCGAUGUAGUAUAAACUACAGUUUUGAGGUGUACAUCACAGAAAACAGUCUAAAAUAUUUAAAUCGGGCUACCUUGGAGGUUAAGAUUGAGUUCCCCCACGUCCUAUCCAGCGAUUUGUAAAUGCUUCAUUUAGAAAUUUCCUAGCAUGAAGGCUAAACUGUGCAGGAGCACCCUCAUAGGUACAUCCUCAAGCAAAAUUGGCAAAUCGCUUUAAAAAAGUGACGAUAGGAUAGUCCAUCCAGUCGUCCUCGAAGGAAAGAACGGUCCUAUGAGGAAAUCUCCAACUAUCCCUGCCCACACAUUCAAGAAAAACGGCUCCUUAUGAUGUGCCUACUUUCGAAUGGAAUUGUAGGAAAAACUAGCUUCAUCAGUAAAAAAUAUUUUGAUAUCAAAUAAAGGGUUAAAAACCAUCGGCAGAAAUUUGAACUCAAUGGAAAAUCACGCGGCAGCAGUGCUUAAACCCUUUUAUUAUGAUAGGGGUAAAUGGGAAACAUUAAUUACUGCAAUUUUCCUAGUACUUGUUUCUGGAUGUUCCUCAAUUGUGUUUAAAACAGUUCCUCUAAUUCUGGUGUUCUCACGGUGCGAUGUGCCGCAAUGGAACUAUUGUCGAUGCUAAGACUCUCAGUUUGAUGUAAUCUUCUGUAUAUUAUAGAAAACAUUCUGGCCACGGGAAUGAUACGAUUUGGAAACCGCUCUUGAUAUAUCUGCCUAGCCAUAAGCGCAUUCCUGUCAGCAAAUGCAUAUCUGCUAACUCGGAAUUUGUAAAUCUUGGUAUACUUAACUUAUUUCCUCUAUUAUUGAUUAAAGAAACUGUCACAAUGUAAGAAACUAUCACGUUUAUGAAAAUACUUGUGUUAAAAUAAGACCGCAACGUAAUCGAUCAAAUAUGAUUAUUUUAAAAACAAAAUAGGGCACCAACCCACUAGUCCAAAAUAAUUAUUUCGCUAUACUACAAAUGCAUGAAGAUGGUUUUUAUUUUUUUACGUGAAAACGGUGCAUCGGACAGAAAAAAGUCUAGAGGUAGGAUAAAUGAGGCUUUCAAAAAUUUUUAUUUUAGGAAAAGGCAAUGGCGUACUAUAUUUUACGGACGUCACUGGUAGAAAUGUUAAAAAAUAUUCUACAUCAAAAAAUGCCUAUUGAUGCUUAGCAGAUGCAUGUCAAAUGUCAUGAAAAUAUCUAGAACAGUAUUAAAGUUAUGAUGACGAAACGAUUUUUUUCUUAAAAUCCCAACACCCUGUAGCUCAGAAAUUAAGAGGUUUAGGACAUAUGUUCAUACAAACCUCUCUUCCUAAUAUGAGCUAAGCAAUCAUAUCCUGUAUUUUUAGCCAUGAAUUAAAUUACACCCUGAAUAACGCUUGUCGGUACCAUAAAGAAGCAGAAAGGAAUGUAAAUAGACCCUAUAAGUCUGUCGUGAAGUAUAACACUCAACACAAACUGGGUAAACAUAUAUGACCUACUCUAAGGAUCACACACCUGCGCUAAGUAAAUCACUUGAAUAGAGACAAAUUCGCCUGGACUGUGCGUGGCAACACCGUCGCUGGAAUCGCUUCACUUUUGGACUCACCAGCUAGUUCUUAGGUUAGGUAUCUACAAUGUAAGUUGCAAAUAUGUCUUAUAUCCGUAAAUGUAUGAUGCAGAUCCGUAAGACAUUUCAGUACGACUUUUUUUUGUUGCGUACCAUUUUUAUCAUUGUCAUUAUUUAUUGUAACUUUACCUUGCGUCUAAUUAUGUUUUAUACAAAUAUAUUGAUUUUACUUAAGUUUAUUUAA